AUGAAGCCCAAGUUCGUGAUCGCAUUAUCUUUGCUCUUCGGCCAGGUCUUGGCUGAAGAACGCCACCACCCCCUUGUUACAUCCCUUGGUGCUCUCCGCGUAUUGCACUACAACAACCUUGGCCCUCAGAACAAUGGCACAUCGGCCGUUUUAGCACAUGAGCACUCGAGUUAUGCCGAUGCGACUGCAAAAUGCACUGCCAUUGGCGAGAAGCUCUUCCCGUGGUCCUCGAAGCAAAACGACAGUCAAACCGAACUCGGCUAUGAGCUAGACUACCUCGUCUUUAAGAAGGAGCUAGAAGCCGAUGAUUACCUGUGGCUGUCAACAGAACAUGACUCUCACAAGAACUGUUUUGCCCUCUCGAUCUCCCGUCGCCAAAUCGUACCGAAACAAUGUAGAGAGAAGCUACCAGCCCUCUGUACUUCAACUCCGCCCGCAACAACCGAUCUUGACUCAGCCGCAAGGGAAACUGCGAAGCUGACUGUGACAUCCAAUGAUUAUACCUUAACUGGAUAUCGGGAUGCACGAUCCUUCCGCUUCCUAGGCGUGCCUUUUGCAAGUCCCCCAAUCGAUGACUUGCGACUUGCCCCGCCCCAAGGCUACACAGGACCGAAGAACAUCGAUGCGACUCGCAUGGGGGAUAUAUGCAUUCAAUCCCCCUCACCUCUUAGCACUGUGCCUAUUCCCGGAAUGUCCGAGGACUGUCUUAACCUGAACGUCUUCACUCCAUUCCUCCCUCACAAUGACACAAAGAACACCGCGCUCCGCCCCGUGGCUGUUUAUGUGUAUGGCGGUGGAUUCAUAAAGGGCACCGCAUCCAUGGUUGAUUAUGACGGUGGAAACUUUGCUAGCCGCAGCGAUGUGGUCGUCGUCACGCUUAACUAUCGACUCGGAGCAUUGGGCUUUCUCUCGACGGGGAGUCUGACAACCGGAAGCUACGGUAUCCAAGAUCAAAUCAUGGCUUUGGAAUGGGUUCAAAAACACAUUUCUGCCUUGGGAGGCGAUCCAUCGCGCGUUACUGUCUUCGGACAGUCCUCUGGAGGUCAAAGCGUGGUAGCUCUACUCUCUUCCACCGCGGCAAAGGGUCUCUUCUCCGGCGCGCUGGUGCAAUCAGCAAAUUUCGAUCUCCCAUGGUUCCCCCGCGAUCUUUACUCCAAAUACAUCGCCCCAGAAGUCGCAAACGCUGUUGGCUGUGAGGCCAACGAGUCGGAAGAAAGUCUAGUCAAGUGCCUUCGUUCCGUCCCGGCUUCAAUGUAUCUCGAUAACUCAACCGAGUUCCAGACUGCUACGAAGACCUCCUCAUCCGCCAUCGCAAAUCACUUCUACAACAAUACACAAGCAACAGGUGCAGAUGAACCAUUCAUGCCGAUGGUAGAUGAUACCGGAUCCGGCGUAGUCGACGGCCAAUUCAACGCCCUGCUGGCCAAUAACACCCUCCCCAACAACGUCCCAACCAUGUUCACCACCGUCCGGGACGAGGCAAGCCUCUACAUGGACAUUCUGAGAAUUCUAGCCCCAACAAAAGCCCCACUCGCUACAUUGCUUAAUGCCACGUUCGACGAGACUCUCGCUCAGAAUAUCAUCGCCUCGGGAGCAUACAACGUCAAUGACUCGGACACCGGAGCCGUCCUUAACGCUCUUUCCGAUGUCCUGACGCAUAGUCAGUGGACUUGUCCGCAGGGUUAUCUUCUCGAUAACUCUAAUUCUGCUUUCCCUUCACUAUACGAAAUCCAAAUAACAGACGGUCAUGCACAGACGUCAAACAUGCCCGAUAUCUGUUACCCGAAUACUGGAUACAACGCUUCCUGUCAUACCUCGGAUAAUUUGCUCGCGUGGGGGACCCUGAAUACCAAGACGGAAGAUGUGAAACCGUACUACGAUGAUCGGGAUAUUCUUCACUCGCAACUCCUUCACGAUGUAUUUGGUGCGUUUUUCCGAGAGAGGAACCCGAAUCCGGAUUUGGAGUUCUUGAAGAUUCGUGGUCCUGCGUAUGCGAGUACGCUUUCGAUAUUUGGUGGGGAUUUUGGCUUUUCUAUUGAGCAGUAUACGGCCGGUGAGCGGAAUAUGACGGUUCUGGGGAUGCCACCGUCUAGUACGGCUAAUUUUGUGAACGAGGAUAUUUGUCCUGUGCUGAGUGAUUAUGGAUUUACUUUUCAAAGGGCCCAUCUCUCGGAUUAA